AUGGAUGGAUUAUCAUCGGCGGCGAGUGUUAUCGCCGUUAUUCAAUUAACGGGAAGCCUCGUGAGGAUUUGUGCGGGCUAUGUUCAAGAAGUCAAGAAUGCGCGGAACGAAAUAUUUUCUCUACAAGAGGCAAUUAAAAUAUAUCUCCACAGUCGGGAUGGAAAGGCCUUACCUACCUCCUCACACCUAGCGAAAACGAUUACAGAAUGCCUUUCUGACCUCCGAUCGUUAGAAGCCAAAAUUGAUCCAAGGAGCGCAGGUAAUCUGAUGAGGAAAUUUGGAUUAAGAGCAUUGAAAUGGCCCCUAAAGCGCACCGAAGUGAACAAUAUGACACAGAGCCUUGAAAGAUAUAAGUCUUCGUUCCUCUUGUGCCUACAAGUAGAUCAAACUUCUCUUAUGGUCGGCGUUGCCCAGACUUCCUACCAUCUUAACGAGGACAUGGUUCUUACAAAGUUAAAAAGCGCAACAGAGGCCAGCUUCGAGUCGUUCUCUAAUAGAAACGAAGCCCACUGUCUCCAUGGCACCAGGACCGAACUCCUUCAGCAGAUCCUGGAUUGGGCUUUGUUGUCCUCCCAUGGAAGGUCCAUUUUCUGGUUGAAAGGAAUGGCAGGGACUGGAAAAUCCACGAUCUCGCGGACGGUGGCAAUGUCCCUCAAGGACAGUAAUCAUCUCGGCGCUAGUUUCUUCUUCAAGAGAGGCGAAGGAGAUCGAGAGUUGAAAGACGAGGUGCAGAAGGCGAUUCAUAACGAUCCCGACAUAGCAACGAAAUCAAUCAGGGAGCAGUUUGACAAACUUCUCCUUCAACCACUUCUCAGCCUCGAUCAGUUAAGUCGACAGCCACAAUUUAUAGUAAUGGUCAUCGAUGCUCUGGAUGAAUGCGAACAUGACCGGGAUAUACGCACUAUAAUUGGCUUACUUCCUCUUUUGAAAAAAUCAAAAAUGUUACCAAUGAGCCUGGGCUUCUCAGAGAUCGCACGUCACGAAUAUCAGGAUUUAGCCCUUCACGAUAUUCCCGAGGCAGUAACGGAGCGUGAUAUACGCUUAUUUCUGCGACAUCGUUUUACGAAAAUCCGAAAGGACAGAAGCAUUCCUGAUGGCUGGCCAGGAGACGAUGUGAUCCAUGAUAUAGUCAUGCUUUCUGUUCCACUCUUCAUUGCGGCUGCGACUAAUGACGAGCUGGAGCAGCAGCAGCUUCUAGAGGAGUUUCAUAAAAUAGUCGGUAUUAUCAUCCUACUUGCUACUCCACUUUCCACGAAGGCGUUAUCUGCUUUUAUUGGCUGGGAAGUGGAAAGAAUCAGGCAUCGAUUGAAGUUCUUUCGAUCAGUUCUGAGUGUUCCCGAUAACCAAGAUCUAGCUAUCAGGAUUCUACAUCUAUCAUUUCGAGAUUUCUUGGUCCAGUCUGGCUCCAAGUUUCACGUGGACGAAGACAUUUGUAAUCUGCAAUGCCCUGGAAUGCUAAGGGUAGAUAUCGACCCUGCACAUAUCCUCCAGUGUCUACCACCUGAGCUACGAUACUCUUGUCGCUACUGGAUACACCAUAUUGAGAAAAGCAAUGACAUAUCAUCUAUGACAGGGGAAGUACAGAUCUUCCUCCAGGAGCUUUUUCUGCAAUGGGUGGAAUCAAUGGCUUUACUAGGCCUAAUCUCAGAGGUUGUGAUUAUGCUGGACCUCCUUCAUCGGAUUGUGACAGUAAGCGAUGAUGCUGCCGUCUUGUCCGAUUUCGUUUAUGAUGCGAAGCGUUUUGUUCUGAAAUUCUGCCAGAUAGCCGAUGAGGCACCACUUCAAAUUUAUUUCUCAGGACUGGUAUUCGCACCUGAAAGGUCUAUGAUUCGAAGGCGGUAUGAAUCAGAACUACCGGAUUGGAUAACCCAGUUACCACGGGUUGAGGAAGGAUGGAGUCCAGAAUUGCGAAUUAUUGAGGGCCAUAAGAGAAAAGUGAGCUCUGUGAGCUUCUCACCUGACGGUCGGCUGAUAGCAUCUGGGUCUGAUGAUUGGUCUGUGUGUCUUUGGGAAACAGCGACGGGGAUGUUGCAGCAGACUCUGAUGGGUCAUUCCAGUGGGGUCACAUCGGUGGACUUCUCGCCAAACGAUGGUCUGCUGCUGGUCUCUGGAUCUUCUGAUGAUACUGUGCGUGUCUGGGAGACGGCAACAGCAUUUUCACCUAAUGGUCAGUUACUGGCAUCUGGCUCAUACGAUAAGACAGUACGACUCUGGGAUACGGCAACAGGCAUGCUGCUGCAGACGCUCGAAGGCCAUUUGGAUUGGGUCAGCUCGGUAGCUUUCUCGCCUGACAGUCAACUAAUAGCAUCCAGCUCCCAAGAUAAAACGGUGCGGCUCUGGAGCAUAGCGACUGGCGUAGUGCAACAUACUCUGAAGGGUCAUUCAGGUAGCAUUAAUUGCGUGGCCUUCUCUUCUGACGGCCUAAUACUGGCAUCUGGAUCCGAGGACUUCACUUUACGCCUUUGGAAUGCGGAAACCGGUGUACUCCAGCAAACACUCGAAGCUCAUUCGAUUUGGAACCGAGAUAUUAAUUCGAUCGCUUUUUCGCCAGACGAUCGGCUGCUAGCAGCAGGCUGUCGAGAUUCUGCCGUGCGAGUCUGGGACAGGG